CUUUCUUUCUCUGCAAUGGUGAAGAAGAAGGAGAGCUCCGGAAAAUCGAAGCAGUCUCUCGACGCCAACGGCAACAAUGACGCGAAGAUGGAGGUGCGCUCCGGUCGCCGCUGCAUAUAUAGACCUUUCCCGCGACCACCCUGUCCCUUUCCAGUCCUUUGGUCCAAGAAGGCGAAGAAUAUUGUUGUGAAUCUCGAGUUAUUCCCAGGGCUGCAAAGUCGCAUGUCCAGUAAUUACAAUCAAUCAAAUUCAAGGGUUCAACGACCUUUCACACCUGUGUUUGGACCUAAGACUAAAAGGAAGCGCCCCUGCCUCUUGGCUUUUGAUUAUCAGUCCUUAGCUAAGAAAGCUCAUGUUGCACAAGAAGCUUUUGAAGAAAAGUAUGCUGCAGGUGCUAGUGGAACUGCAGAAGCUAAUGAAGCAGAUGGAUUUAUAGAUUUACUGGGACAUACCAUGUUUCAGAAAGGUCAAACCAAACACAUAUCGGGUGAGCUCUACAAGGUCAUCGAUUCUUCAGAUGUUGUUGUCCAAGUUCUAGAUGCAAGGGAUCCUCAAGGAACACGGUGUUACCAUUUAGAGAAGCAUUUGAAAGAAAAUUGCAAGUACAAGCACAUGAUGCUUUUACUGAACAAGUGUGAUCUGAUUCCGGCUUGGGCAACAAAAGGGUGGCUUAGAGUUUUGUCAAAAGAAUAUCCAACUCUAGCAUUCCAUGCAAGCAUUAACAAGUCCUUCGGAAAGGGCUCACUUCUAUCGGUUCUGAGACAAUUUGCUCGAUUGAAAAGUGAUAAGCAAGCAAUAUCUGUUGGAUUUAUUGGAUAUCCAAAUGUUGGGAAGUCAUCGGUGAUUAAUACGUUGCGAACGAAAAAUGUCUGCAAGGUUGCUCCAAUUCCAGGGGAAACAAAAGUAUGGCAGUAUAUAACUCUUACAAAGAGGAUCUUUUUGAUCGACUGUCCAGGUGUUGUUUACCAAAACAAGGAUUCUGAAGCAGAUGUUGUGCUGAAGGGUGUGGUACGUGUAACAAACUUGAAAGAUGCUGCGGAUCGUAUAGGUGAGGUUUUGAAACGUGUGAUGAAGGAGCACUUGCACAGAGCAUAUAAAAUAAAAGAGUGGGAAAAUGAAAAUGACUUCCUACUUCAGCUUUGCAAAUUGACUGGCAAACUUCUGAAGGGAGGUGAGCCUGACCUGAUGACUGCAGCAAAGAUGGUACUUCAUGACUGGCAGAGGGGUAAAAUUCCCUUUUUUGUUCCUCCCCCACAGCAGGAGGACUUGUCCGAGGAACCUAUUGUUAAUGGCUUAGAUGUCGAUGAUGGCGUUGAUAGUAACCAGGCAUCUGCUGCUAUUAAAGCUAUUGCAAAUGUUCUUUCAUCCCAGCAGCAAAGUAGUGUACCUGUUCAGAAGGAUUUAUUUACUGAGAAUGAGUUGGAGGAGGAAGCUGAUAAUCUACUUCUGAUCUCAGGGGAUAGCCCAGAUGGAGAUGUUCUGGACUCUGAUAGCGACACAUCAGAGCAGGAUCCAGACACUGAGGUUCCAUAUGAGCAGCCUCAUUCUGCUUAAAUGGACAAACAAGGGAGUCAUGGGUCAUCAGUUUUGGUGGCAGUAUAUGAGUUGGUUUUACUUCCAUUUCUGAAAAAGCUUUCAAGAGAGAUCAAGCUUCCAUUUUCCUUGACCACCUAUGCCCGAGGCCAAGGCCAGUUCUAUGUUUGGACUUCAUUUGCUCUCAAAUUAGAAGGCUGGGACAAUUAUAAAGUUAAAAACUACUAGGAUUUAAACCUGUGCAUUGAACCUUAUUACCUUAAUACGUUAUGUUUUUUUGUUCAAUAACUACUUGAAUUUUAUAUGAUCUAUGGUAACAUAGUAAUUAUGACAAA